UCAAAAGGCAUGCAGGAGGAAUGUGCGGACGCGCUUUGACUAGGAACCAAUCCGACUUAGUGGUUUACCAUCGAUUAUUUGCGGUUGGGCACAUGUAGAUCGAUCGUCAAGCUGACUGUUUCGUUUUUUUUCUUAGCUUUUUUUUCAUUCUUUGAUUCAGCAUUCUUUUCCUUCACUUUCCCCUCACCAUGAUCUCGCAGCAUUCCCAACAGCUCUCUCAGCCCACUCAGACCAUACUUACACCCCCAUUUGCAGCAGGAAUCCUCUCCAGUAGUUCAGCUCACGGCCCAGCCAAGGACAACACGACUGUCUGUGGAUGGCUCAUCAACCGAUCCACGCUCGAAACCUGUUUAGUCAUCCAUCGUGACAGGUCAACCACGAUCGGCCGCCACUUAACGAGUGACCUGAUCUUGACGGAGAACACCAUUUCGAAUUGCCACUGCCAGUUUUAUACGAGUUCUGUUGGGUUUGUCAUGUGCGAAGACGUGAGCACCAAUGGCACCUAUUGGAAUGGAUCACUCAUUGGGAAGGGCGAGUCUGUUGUUCUAUCACAUGGAGACUCUAUUCGCAUCAGAGGCAACUACCACUUUAUUUUUCAGGAGCUGACGCCACCAAAAUUAGAGCAUGAAGAUGUAGAAAUCGGUCUCAUCGAAAAGACGUACCAGAUACUGCCACUCACUUUGGGAAAGGGUACCUUUGCGAAGGUACAUGUGGCCAUUCAUCGGAAGACAAAGGCCCAGCUCGCGGUGAAGAUUAUGGAUAGAAUUCGCUACGGCGUUCCAGAGUACUCUGGCGGGACCGAUAUUGAAAAAGAAGUGACCAUACUGCGAACCGUCGACCAUGCAAAUAUAGUCCCAGUAGUGGAUACCAUCAAGACUACUCGGUACAUCUAUAUCUUUAUGCAAAUGGUGACUGGAGGCGACCUGUUCGACUACAUUGUGAAGAAUGGGCCCUUGUCAGAACUAGAGGCCAAAUUCGUGGCGUAUCAGACACUCCUGGCACUCCAGUACCUUCAUAACAUCAACAUUUCGCAUCGAGAUCUGAAGCCAGAAAACUUGCUUCUAACAUCGACGACAAAAUAUCCUCGAGUACUAUUGACGGACUUUGGCAUGGCUCGCCAGUUUGAACAAGGACGCCUUAUGAACACCAUGUGCGGUACAUUUGCCUACAUGGCACCGGAAGUGUUUGAUGUCAAGCAUGCUAAGGGUUCAGGCUAUGGAUAUACGGCAGAUUGUUGGAGCCUGGGUGUCACGCUUUACGUGGUUCUGUCAGGUACGCACCCAUUCACAUCCAAAUAUGCGACUGAGGAUGAAAGGACAAUGCGGCUCAAGAUGAAAAACAGUCUGGUAUUCCCAUCGUGCUACUGGAAGAGUAUCAGUCCCGAAGCGCGACAACUGAUCAAGCGGCUGCUGACGAUGGAACCUGGGAAGCGAUGGAGUGUUCAGGACGCCCUACGAUCGAAUUGGAUCCAGGACGACAUAGGAUGGCUCCACCAGCGAUAUCGAGAGACUGUGUUAGCGCACUGGAUCAAAUCGAGCCAGCAUCUUGGCAGUGUUGUGCGACAUGCGGAGCCACUUUCGUCAGAGAACGAGGCGAGCAACCGCACAGCAUCUCAGCACAGUCGUACCAGCCCUAAUCGCGAAAGUGCUGUUGCCGCGUCGAAUGCAUCUUCUUGUAACACCUCGGGGAUCCCCGAGGUACACAUUUCGUCGAUAGCGAGUUCGACUGUGCGUGUGCCUGAUGUCUCUUUCUAGCAUGCAUCGGGUUGCAGUCACGAUAUGUAUCUGGCCCCAUUUUUUAUUCUGGGAUGACACCAACUGUAGCAUCUUUUCGCGUACUCUGACCAGCCCUCCGGCGGUUCGUUAUCUUUUUUAUGGGUCCUUCGAAGAUAUGCAACAUGGACUCUUGCUGCAAUAGUAAAAUCUGCGCGUUUAUGGUUCUGUUGUUUAUGAUAAUACGAAGGCACGGACGGAGAAAGGCCGGUUACCAAAAAUGGACAUUGACCCCGCUUUUUCAUAACCCUGUUGUGC